AUGAAAAUAAAAAAUAAAAUGAAAUAAAAUAGAAUGAAAUGAAAUGAAAUGAAAUGAAAUAAAAUAAAAAUAAAAGCCUGGUUUGUGACCGAGGCCGGCAGGGGUAGGCGAAUUGAAAACGGCUCUGUGUCACCCUCCCUGACCCUUGAAGGGCGGGGGUCUGUCCUGGCAAGACCGGGUCUGAGGACGGCCAAGGUGAACGCGGAGGAGGUGGUGUGGAGCUUACAGGUUUUACAGCUGGACGGGGUUUAGAGCGAUCGGCUGAGGGCCCCAGGCUGUGGAGACCGAGCUGCCAGAGUCCAGGCUCCUCGGUGGGCACUGUCCCCCCUCCAGGCUCCGUGCUGGCGUCCUCGGGGCUUGCCUGGGGGAGCACCCGGCUCGGCCUGGGGGAGCUCUGCUUCCUCGCUCUGUAAUUAAGUGCAGUUCUGUGUAAGAGGAAGGAAGCGGGUCCUGGGCGGCUGUGAGGCCUGGUCUCGCCUUCCUGCUCAGGAGCACUGAGGGCUGAUCAGCGCAGGGUCGGGGGGUGGGGGUCGUGGCUGUUGCUGCCCUGAGAGCGAAGAGCGGGGCCGAUGCUCGUGGUGAGGAGGGCGCCGGGGCCAGCUCAGGGCCGGGCUCGUGGCCUCUGUGCCCUGGCAUCGGCGACAGGCGCUCGUGAAGACGGUGGGCAAAGCGUCGGAUGGUUGAGCUGUGUGGCCUCGGGCGGCUCGGUGCCCUCUCUGGGCCCUUGUAGCCCCGCUGGGUUCAGGCUGGUGGGCUUUGCCCCUAAGGCGGGUGUCUCUAAUGAGAAGUCACUUUACUUGGUUUCUUUUCUCCUGUCAGUGUUUGAUCUUGGUGUUUUCCAUCAUAAGAAGGAGAUUCUGGGAUUAUGGCCGUAUCGCCCUGGUGUCAGAAGCAGACAGCGACUCCAGGUUCCAGAGACUGUCAUCGUCGUCCUCUUUUGGGCAACAAGAUUUUGAAAGCGAGCUGGGAUGCUGUCCCUGGCUGACUGCCAUCUUCCGCCUGCACGAUGACCAGAUUCUGGAGCGGUGUGGGGAGGACGCCAUCCACUACCUGUCCUUCCAGAGACACGUCAUCUUCCUGCUGGUGGUCGUCAGCUGCUUGUCCCUGUGCGUCAUCCUGCCCGUCAACCUCUCGGGUGAUUUGCUGGACAAAGACCCUUACAGCUUUGGGAGGACGACCAUCGCAAACCUGCAGACGGACGAUGAUCUCCUUUGGCUGCACACCGUCUUUGCCGUCAUUUAUCUCCUCCUCACCGUGGGCUUCAUGAGACACCACACCCGGUCCAUCCAGUACCAGGAGGAGAACUCGGUGAGGCGGACCUUGUUCAUCACGGGACUCCCCCGAGACAGCAAGAAGGAGACGGUGGAGACCCACUUCCGGGACGCGUAUCCCACGUGUGAAGUGGUGGACGUACAGUUGUGCUACGACGUGGCCAGGCUGAUUCACCUGUGCAGGGAGAGGAAGAAGACAGAAAAGAGCCUGACCUAUUACACGAACCUGCGGGCGAAGACAGGCCAGUGGACCCUCAUCAACCCCAGGCCCUGCGGCCAGUUCUGCUGUUGCAAAGUGCCGGGGUGCGAGUGGGAGGACGCCGUCUCCUACUACGCGCGCAUGAGGGACAGGCUGCUGGAGAGGAUCGCGGACGAGGAGCGCCGGGUGCAGGAGCGGCCCCUGGGCAUGGCCUUCGUCACCUUCCAGGAGAAGUCCAUGGCCACCUACAUCCUCAAAGACUUCAACGCCUGCAAGUGUCAGAGCCUCCGGUGCAAAGGCGAGCCCCAGCCGUCCUCCUGCAGCGCGGAGCUCCGUAUCUCCAAGUGGACGGUCUCCUUUGCCACGUACCCCGAGGACAUCUGCUGGAAGAACCUCUCCGUCCAGGGCUUCCGCUGGUGGCUCCAGUGGCUGGGCAUCAACUUCACUCUGUUUGUGGGGCUCUUCUUCCUGACCACCCCCGCCAUCAUCCUGUCCACCAUUGACAAGUUCAAUGUCACCAAACCCAUCCGUGAGCUCAACGACCCGGUCAUCAGUCAGUUUUUCCCGACCCUCCUCCUGUGGUCCUUCUCGGCCCUGCUCCCCACCAUCGUCUACUACUCCACGCUGCUGGAGUCUCACUGGACCAAGUCAGGAGAAAACGAGAUCAUGAUGUCCAAGGUCUAUAUAUUCUUGAUCUUCACGGUGCUGAUCCUGCCGUCCCUCGGCCUCACCAGUCUGGAUUUUUUCUUCCGGUGGCUCUUUGACAAAACUUCCUCCGAAGCCUCUAUCAGGUUGGAGUGCGUCUUCCUGCCCGACCAGGGCGCCUUCUUUGUGAACUACGUCAUCGCCUCGGCCUUCAUUGGCAACGGCAUGGAGCUGCUGCGGCUGCCGGGCCUGGUCCUCUACACCUGCCGCAUGGUCGUGGCCAAGACGGCCGCCGACCGCAGGAACAUCAAGCAGAACCAGGCCUUCCAGUACGAGUUCGGAGCCAUGUACGCGUGGAUGCUGUGCGUCUUCACCGUCAUCAUGGCCUACAGCAUCACCUGCCCCAUCAUCGCGCCCUUCGGCCUCACCUACAUCCUGCUCAAGCACCUGGUGGACCGUCACAACCUGUACUUUGCCUACCUCCCGGCCAAGCUGGAGAAAAGGAUCCACUUAGCGGCCGUCAACCAGGCCUUGGCCGCCCCCAUCUUGUGCCUCUUCUGGCUCUAUUUCUUCUCCUUCCUGCGCCUGGGUCUGAAGGCCCCCCUCACCCUGUUCACCUUCCUGGCCGUCCUGCUCACCAUCCUGGUCUGCCUGGCCUACACCUGCUUCGGAUGCUUCAAGCACCUCAGCCCUCUGAACUACAGGACGGAAGAAUCGGCCAGCGACAAAGGGAGCGAGGCCGAGGCCCACAGGCCACCGCCGUUCAUGCCCUACGUGCCCCGGAUUCUGAGCGGCUUGUCCUCGGAGAGAACGGCCCUGUCCCCACAGCAUCAGCAGACUUAUGGCGCCGUCUGUGACAUCAGUGGGACCGUCCUGGGGCCGUGUCCCGCCCAGGGCCCUGCGGACAGCGACAGUGACAGCAGGCCGGCUGCCUACCAGGAGGCCUGAGGGCGGCCGGGCCAGGCUCCGAGGACGUAGAGGAGGAGACCCAGGUGGAAAAGCGGCUUGACUCGGGCCCCAACCAGGCCCAGGACUACUUUGACCUGUGUGAAGCACACCUGCUCUGGGAAGACGGACCCAGAAAGGUUCCCCGGGCCCUUGGCCGAGGAAGACAGGGUGGGGCCGCCACGCAGGGAAUGGCGGCCUUUCUGGUCACAGCAGCGGGGAGGGGGGCCGGUGCGUGCGGGGGACUCUGUGCGUCUCCGGGUCCCCCUUCUGCAUAAGUGUCCCGGCUCUGUAGCUGGGACACAUCCCUGGUGACUCCGCAGGACCACACGUGGGAACGGUGCCCCGGCAGCCCCUGCGGCCGUCCCGGGUACCCGGGAGGACACAGCGAAGGACUGCUCCUCUGUGAGGACGGACUGCCCACCACUUCUGGGCACACACCCAGCUGAUAACCAAAGAGCCUGCGCGCAGCUCCGGGCGGGUUCCUUCCAGACCCCCCCCCCCCCAUCACCGCAUCCAGCCGUCUCCCACCUAUCGGGGCUGCACUGCGGGAGCAGGAAGGGACCAGGCUCCUUGUUUCUGUAUCACACUGCCAGUGACAGUGGCUGGGGCAGGUCACCCUGCAGCAGGCAAGGGCAGGAGGACCACGAAUAAAGCGCUCAUUCGGCCAGA